CUGGGGAGGCGAAGACGCUGAACUUUUGAAACUCCAUUUCCCAUCAGGCGAUAAGAAAGGCGGAAAAAAAGUGGGAGGGGAAGACAACGCGAGGUAUACCUGUCCGUGCAGGGCCAACGCAAAAAGUUACCUAGGAAAAGGAGAGUCAUGGCAUAUAUCAACUCUGAGAUGGAUGAGGCCUUUGACUAUCUGUUCAAAAUUAUUUUGAUUGGAGAUUCAAAUGUGGGGAAGACUUGCGUGGUCCAUCGCUUCAAAUCGGGGCAGUACAAUACAAAACAGCAAAACACGAUUGGAGUGGACUUCACAGUCCGUUCACUGGAGAUUGAUGGCAAGGCAGUGAAGAUACAGUCUCCGGAUACCGCAGGACAAGAACGCUUCCGGACAAUAACCCAAAGUUAUUAUCGCAGUGCACAUGGUGCUAUCCUUGCCUAUGACAUGACCAGGAGGUCUACUUUUGAGUCUAUUCCUCAUUGGAUUCAUGAGAUAGAAAAAUAUGGAGCAGCUAAUCUAGUCUUGAUGUUGAUAGGGAACAAGUCAGAUGAAGCAGAGAAGCGGCAAGUCCUCUUUGAAGACGCAUGCACACUAGCAGAGAAGUAUGGUCUUCUGGCUGUAUUGGAGACGUCUGCCAAAGAGGCACAAAAUGUUGAUGAGGUCUUCAUAUUGAUGGCUAAAGAGCUGAUAGCUCGGAAUACUUUGCAGCUUCACGGAGAGAGCGGCCCUUCCGAUAACAUCCAUCUAGACAGCCGGCCAGUGAUUGCUGCUCGGACUGAGAACUCCAAUUGCUCAUGUUGAUUGAGGGG